AUGUCAUUCCUAGGACGAAUCGGCCGGAAGAAGAUCGUGUGCUUCUACUGCCAGCAGCUGCUCUUUGUCGACUCGCUGCCCGAGGGCUCGGUCCACAGCUAUCCGAGUGGCCGCACCCGCCAGUUCACUUGCCCGGAGUGCUGCGCGGACAACCAUCUCGACGAGAACGGCGAGAUCCUAGACUACGUCCCCGACUCGCCCCCCAAGCCCGCCCCCAUCUACGCCCGCCGCCGCACCUCCCCGCGCGCAAACAUCCACUCCUUCUCCUCCGCCACGCGCUCCUCCACCCCCGACUCCCCCGCCGCCACCUCCCCGACAACGGAGGAGAGGCCCUUCUGCCGCACCUGCGUCAACAACCAGCGCGUCGUCACAGACGCAAUCGCCGCAUACCCGCUGCCCCCCGAGGACCACCCGGACUACGACGAGGUCGUCAGCGUCCAGUUUCCCAAGUACCGCGCGACGCUCGAGGAGCGCUGGCCGCAGGUGUGUGCUCGCUGUGCGCCGCGGGUCAACGAGAGGAUCAGAACGAGUAAUUAUCAGGUCAAGGUGGCGUCGCUGGGGCAGAUGCUGGCGAGGACGAGCGGGUAUGAGGCGGCGAAGAAGGGCGGCGAGGUGAAGGGCGGCGGGAAGAAGAGGCUGGAGACGGCAGUCUGGGUGGCGAGGGGUGCCGUGUGGUGCUACUUCCAUGCACUGAUGAUUGUGUGGCAUGGGGCCGCGCUGGUGCAGCCGGCGGUGGCGAUGGAGAUGGAGACGGAGGUGGCGUCGUGGGGGAGCUGCGCGCUGAGGAGCUUGGUGGCCGGGGAGCCUGAUGUGCACUGUUAUGGUGUGGCGGCGCAGCAGGCGAGGUGGAUUCCGUGGAGCUUGUUGGGCUUCUUUUGGAUCUACCGGGAGCGCGGGCUGCAGGGGCAGCCGCAUAAGAAGUUGGUCGGCUCCAAAGAGUAUUUCAUGCUCGAGAUGGGCAUCUAUGUGUUCCGCAUGCUGUGCUGGUACUUUGUGACCCCCGGCGGAGUGGCCCUGACGGAGGAGGCGUUCACGAUGGUGCAUCUGGGCCUGUUCUUCCUGUCGUUCCUGUCUACAUUGUUCUCAAUCACCUGCCUCAAACUGGAAGACCCGCCGUCCAUCUCCCUGCGCGAACCGCAGCCGGUCCCGGGCACCCCCAGCCCCCCCGAGUCCCCCCCGCCACAAAUGAUGCUGUCCGCCGUCCCGCGCCACCCAAUGUCACCGACAACACCGAUGCGCCCCGGCGCAGGAAACCCCCCGCCCUCAACCGGCGGAUCAACAUUCUACUCCCCCGUCAAGCGCGUCCGCGCCGCCUCGCCCACCCCGCUCCCGCGCCGCAACACACCCGCAUCGCCAGACGCAAUGGACUGGAACCCGACAACAGCACAGGAAACAAAAUGGGAGAUCUCGUCCCACCGCCUCCCGCCACCGUCAUUCACGCUCCCAUCAUCGUCCGCACAGCUGCAGCGCCAGAGCCAAUACAACACCACCAACACCCGCUCGCCCUCGCCAUCCCCGUUCACGGGGACUCUCCCGCCCGCGCCGCGCGCGCCAGCGCAGCGUAUCGUGUCGGCGCUCAUGCAGCAGCCGCAGCGCGCCACGCCGCCGAGCCAGGUCUCGCGCGAGCAGUUCUUUGCGCAUCGGGUGAAUCCGGGCGGGGCGGCGCCGCCGAUGGGGGAGGAGUUUGGGAGGGUGGCGGCGCCGGGGUAUCGCUUGGGGAGCCCGCAGUAUCCGCCGAUGGCGCCGCAGAGGUUCUUUGUGGCGGAUGAGGCGACGGGGUUGGAGGUGCUUAUGGCGGGGGGGUUUCGGCUGGAGGAUGAGCCGGAGGUGGUGGCGGAGGGGAGGGGGGAGGAGGGGUGGGGGGCUGUUGCGGCGAGGGUGGGGGGGCUGAUGGUGUGUGCGGCGGCGGUGGUGUAUGGUGGGGAGGUGGGGGUGAGGUGUGGGUUGCUGGGUGUGUUGGGCGUGGUGGCGUGGAGGCUGGGUGCGGGGGUGAGGUCGGGGGUGGGGAUGGUGGAGGUGGGUGUCGUGGGUGUGUUGGUGGCGAUGGCGAUGGCGGGGGUGGGAGGAGGGCGGGUGAAGAAGGGGGCGGUGGGGGCCGUGGUGGUGGCGGUGGUGAUGGAGGUUUGGGGCGUGCUCAUGAGGAUGCAGAGGGGGCGGGCGAGGAGGUUUUAUGAGGAGGAGCGGAGGAGGGGGAUUGAGGAGGAGAAGGAGGCGAGGAGACGAGGGGGCAGCGCGGAGGGCGCGAGGGGGGGCAGGGGCGGGUUUGGGGGGUUGAGUUUGGGGUAG